AUGGCUGUCCGAAGCACUGCUGAGGAAAUGGAGCGACUCCAACUUUCAGACGAAGAUACAGACGACCUAUGGAACUCCCCGUCGAAGCGAGGAGCUCACAAAACGUUCAGACCACGAUCAUCUGACGAGAUACCCCCACCAGAGCCUCGACAAGCCCACGAGGGGGGCGACACUCUUUUCGACCGGCAAGAGGCCCGCGAAGCAGCCCUGCAGCACGAGCUACACGCCGUCCGAAACAUCAACGAGGUCAUUGAAGGCCUGUUGAACAGUAUUGACAAGGCCAAAGGCAACAUGGAGACCGUGUCGAAAACAGUUGCAUCUGCAUCGACGCUUCUCAAUACCUGGACCCGAAUCUUAUCCCAAACCGAGCAUAACCAGCGCCUCAUCCUCAAUCCAAACUGGCAGGGUGCCACACAAGAUGUGGCCGAUAUGGAGAAUGAAGCGAUCCAGAGACAGCAAGCGGCCGAACGGCGUGAGCAAGCACUCCAACAGCAGCGAGAGGCAGCGCUUCGUAAAGCAGAAGAAGAAGAGAGACGACGCGUCGCCACUGGUCGUGGUGGUCGCGGAGCUAGUCGAGGCACGGUACGCAGUACUGGCCUGGGAAGGACGCCAAGUGUGAGCACGAGCCGCACAGCAGCCACGAGGGGGGCUUCUACAACUGGAACCACUCGGCGACCGCUCAGCUCUCGCUCCACCCUCAUAAUGAACUUCGCCCCUUACCAGGACGAGUCUCCUGAGAUUGAGCGGGCGCUGUCCCCUCCGACUCUGGACGGUCGCGUCAAAUCUCCCGCCCUCCGGUCGCCGCGGGCGUCGACGGACUUGCCGUCUCCAAGCCACUUCGCUGGAGGUGGACAUGGUAACACAGGCUACGGGCGUGACUUGGAGGGUGGCCAUGUGAGCUUGGGUGCCUUUGAGACAAGCCUUCCGAUCCGCAUGGAUAUGGAAGCUGCCCUGGCAUACUUGCUCCUACCGCCAGCGGGAGGGUUGUUUUUGCUGCUGGCUGAGCACAAAAGUGACUACGUGCGAUUCCACGCCUGGCAAUCAAGCAUGCUAUUUGCGGUCAUCUUCAUAAUCCACCUCAUCUUCUCCUGGAGCAGCUUCAUCUCCUGGACUCUCUUCAUCAUUGAUCUUGCUCUCAUGGGAUUCCUCAGCAUGCGUGCUUAUCGAGAUGUUGACACCCUCGACCACUUUGAAGUUCCAUUCUUUGGUCGCUUGGCUAAUUCAUUCGUUGAUAAUGAAUAA